AUGUCGGUAGCCGUAGGCACUUCGACGCAAUCGUUUGAGUGUUCAGAGUGCGGUAACCGCUUCGGCCGUUCCGAGCACCUCGAACGCCAUAUCCUUUCCCAUGGCAAGCAACGUCCUUUCGAAUGCAUAUUCUGUCGGCAUUCUUUCAAACGAAGAGACGUUCUCAAGCGGCACUGGCAAACCUGCAAGCUCCGCUUGGAGCAAGACCAGGAAAUUCCGCGGCUGGUCCCCAAAAUCAAAGGCAAGAAACGGAAGGCGUGUGACAGAUGUGCGCGGCUCAAGAAAGCCUGUUCUCUUGGAUACCCGUGCGAAAGCUGCCGCGAGAAGAUGGUUGCAUGCACCUUCAACCCGGUUGCCCGCGGUUCCGCAAACUACGAAGAGGAUGAUACUGGCGCCGUCUCAAGCAACUGCGGAAAUUCUUCAAGCGACAAUGGGCAGCGGGAAGAGCAACAUGGUGGACAAAUUGAUAACCCGUUUGAGAUGGACGAACUGAACGCUGGAUUUGGCUCCGAGUCGCUUUCGUGGGAAGCCGAGGAGACGGAGGGAAACGAGGGCGGUUCUCAGCUCCUUCACAGCCCAGCCGUCCAUGUUUGGACGAGUCUUCGCCCAGCCAGUCCAUCCGAUUUUGACAUAAUCACUUUGAAUCGUUUUCCAUUCUUGAGCAAGUUUACAAAGGGAAACGGGUUUCUGGAUUCCUUCGAGUGUGGGUCACACAACGAGCGGCAGGCCAUUGCCAGGGAAGCCUCUGAGCGGCUGGGAUUGGAUCCAUUCGAGACGAAUAGCACUGGCGAACUAUUAGACGUCUCCUCGCGAGGUGCAUCCUCCUCGUCAGUGUGGAUUUCUGACGAAUUGGCGCUGAAAACAUGCGAGAUUGUGGACCAGAUCAAGGCCAUCACAUGGAACAAACCAAGAGGAAGCAAGAUAACAAUCAGCUGGUCACCUUUGUUGGAGCAAAUGUGCUUCGACUUUUUCUCUCCGCCAAACUUACGAAAGUUCCUCGAGCUCUUCUGGUCGUCCUGGUAUCCAAACAGUCCCAUCAUCCACCGACCAACUUUCAAUGAUGCUCAAUGUCCCUGUUCGCUACUCCUAUCAAUGGUAUUGAUUGGGGCCUGCAUGUCGCCGGACAGCCGAGAUCAUGCUGGUGCAAACAUUUGGUUCAACAGUCUGGAAGAGAUGAUAUUCAGCUGCGACGAACUCUUCAGCGAGGCGGAUCCAGGCGACAAUUGGCUGGAAAGGCCUGCGGUGAGGCGGAGGUUUGAGCUUUUACAAGCGGCGUACUUUGUCUGCUUGCUUCAGAAUUGGGAGGGGUCUGAGGAGAGCAAACGAAGAAUACGGCGGCACCGAUACAGCACCGUCAUUGCGUUCGCCAGAGAUUUUGGAAUGUCAAACGCAACGCUGCGGCAUCUCCACGUUGGGGACAUCUCCACAUUCAGCUGGGAGAGUUUCGUCUUGCAGGAGUCCCUGAUAAGAACCUUUAUCUACAUUUUCCUUCUCGACUCAGCUUUUGUGAUCUUCAACAAUUCACCUCCCCGGCUCGUGGUGCCUGAAUUGAAGAUGGACCUUGCUUGCCCGGAGCCUUGCUUCCAAGCUACAUCUUCUGAGGAAUGCUUCAUCCAGUUACAUUCUUGGAAUGCCGUUCGAGCUUCAGGGCAACGAUUGGAUGUAUCCCUGGCGGUUGAGAUUAUAUGUCAAGGGCAAAUCUCCGACGAGGAUCAGGCCGUGUUCUCUGCGCUGAGCAUACUCAACAUGUUCACGAUAGUGACUGCGCUACACUCGCUCGCCUUUCAUAUCAAGAAUUCCCUUGUAUCACCUACAUGUUCCCGAUCCAUGCGGGGAUUGCCGAUCCAUACGGGGAUUGCCAACUGGAAACGAUUCUGGCUUGCAAACCGAACCACAAACACGCCCAGCGACAAUGGUCCGGAUAUUCUAGCAAACAUGUGGUUACGCCCUGGAUUUAUUCGACAUGCUACGGAGUUUUGGCUCCUGGUCAAAGCUACUGUAGCCCACCUGCACGGUUCUCCACGCAACUCCACCGAAGACCAAGUCGUCGCCGGCAGCAGCGAAAUCGAGACACCAGCCGGGCUUCCAAUCAAAUAUGAUUCAGACAUGAGCGAAAUUCAUAGCAUCAUCACGUCACUGCAAAGGAUCAGCCUAUUACAUCUAUGAAAGCUCUUGAGAACCUCUCGGCACUGGCCCUGUCUAUACGUUUCUGAGUACAAAUCAUUCCAAUCAGGAUCAUGGCAGAACCAAUGCUUCAGCAGCGGUUAGCACGU